UCCAUCAACUUGAAGUCUGAGAAUAUUGAGUCAAUCUCAAUACACAAUGUAAAGGAGGAUGAACACUAAAGAAUAAAGGCAAGUGUGUCAUCUUUCUGCACAAUGUCUGAUUUGAAGGAAGCUGAUACAGGACUUGAUCUUAUUGAGAUACACGCUUCUGGAGGUUAUAGUUCGGAGUUUGAGUAUGAUGGCGAACGAGAGAGAAAGCUAGCAAAGCGGAACGAUCUAGCAACGAACAAGAAGAGCAGUCAUCACGAGCAAUCGCAGGCUGAUCGCCCGCGCGAGCAGUUCUCAAAAGAACACAGCCGAACAAUCGGUCAGGCCUAUCAACUUCGCUACUCUGGACUUGAUGCAUAUACUCUGCAUAAGAAACUUGUGAAUGAUUACCUGCUAUACUACUCUGGAGCAAAGGCAGAACUAUUCAAGAAGCCGGCACCAAAGGGUAAAACAGACAUUGAUAUUAUUCGAGAGCAGCAUCGUUUUUUGUGGACAGCAGAAGAUGAGACGGAGAGCAGCUGGGAUAAAGCCCUUGCAAAGAGGUACUACGACAAAUUAUUCAAAGAAUACUGCAUCUGUGACCUUGUCAGAUAUAAAGAGAAUAAGGUCGCUAUGCGCUGGAGAACUGAACAAGAGGUUAUUGAUGGAAAAGGUCAGUUUAUUUGUGGCAACCGAAAAUGCGAAGAAGGAGACAGUCUGAGAACUUGGGAGGUAAACUUUGGCUACAAAGAGCAUGGUGAAAAGAAAAAUGCUCUCGUGAAACUGAGACUCUGUUUAAGCUGCUCAUACAAAUUAAACUACAGGAUUCAGAAGAGAGAAGUGACUAAGAAGAAGCGCAAGUCUGAUCACCAUGGAAGCAGUGAAUGCAAAAGUAAACAUGUGAAGCAUGGUCCGACAAAGGACAGUGGGAAGCAGUCUGCAGAGGAUGCCGAUGUUACAGCAGCACAGGGGACUAGUGAGCACAGUGAUUCAGUGUGGUCAGGUCCUGCUCCAGUCAUAGAAGAGAAGAGCAAGGAUGAGGAGAUUGAUGAAUAUCUUGAAGCCCUAUUUGUCUGAAGUUUUAUAUGUGCAUAAUCUUCCUAAUGUAACUAAGAUGUAUCUUAAUUGGUUAUGUUGUGUUGAAGUGAAAGCAGAAACAAUGUGAAAGAUACAUAACUAGUUCAUGAACAGUUUAUUGCUGCAUAAAUGUACAUAGUUUAGAAGGAAUUUAGCCUAGGUCUUUUCCUAGGUCCCUAUUCUUCCUUAAAAAUCUUAUGGUAAUUAAUUAUCUCAAAGAUGUUUGCAUCUCAAUUAUCUACCUGAGAUACUUUGGCUCAUAGGGUCUAUAUGUCCCCCAGGGUACUGCCGGAACGUACCCUGGGGUACCCAGGUCACUAUUUGA